AGUACAGAAAGUAGCCGGCACAAAGGAGCAGCAUGAGAUGUGUGCUGAGGAAAACCUCAAGCUGUCAGAGACAGAAACUGAGGAAACACCAUCUGUAAGACAGAGAGUGAGCGGGUGAGUGAGAGAGAGAGAGAGAGACAGAGAGAGACAGAGAGAGAGAUGGGCAGGAAACAGACACUGGAUACACACAGAGAGGAAGCAUUCACAUUGCUACUCACACGCAAACUUAGUUCCCUCGCAAACAAACCAGGUGGUUUGUGCACAAGACCUCCUGAGAUGUGAAAACUGCUGCUUUGGAAUCUCUAAAGGGCACAAUUACAGGACUUUUGCCUGGAGGACAGCUGUCUGUGUGUGGACUCAGGAGCGUUCAGUGGAUGGGGACCUGAUUAAUUUGUCUACGUGAAGCUCAGCCUGUAACUGGCGGCGUGCAGCCUGGUGGAGAGAGCUGGGGGAGGGGAAGAUGCACCAGCCCAUCUGAAGUACUCCCUGAAAUAGACUCGGCACAGGGACGCGUGGUGUCAGGGUGGUAUCCUGUCCAACGUGGAAGAAUGGUGUUGGGGUGAAACCCUGGUCUUCCUAUUUCAACACUCUUCACCUUCCAUUCACGUGCAGGCUGACACUUUGAUUAAUAACUGUUGCCUAGCAGCAUUCUUUCCCAGAAGGAUGUCCAACACAAUGCUCUUGGCGGACAAUUUUACCCUACAAUGGGGAGGAAAUAUUUCCACACUUCUGGGAAUCGUCUCCACUUCAGGCAGCUCUAACUGCACCAAGAAUGAUGCAUUCAAAUACCCGCUGUACAGCACCAUCUUCAGCAUCGUGUUUGUGGUGGGCCUGAUGACGAACGCCGUGGCUAUUUACAUACUGACCUGUAGUCUGAAGCUGCGGAAUGAGACCACGACCUACAUGAUGAACCUGGUGGCGUCCGACCUGCUGUUUGUGUUCAUGCUGCCUCUGAGGGUCUUCUACUUCAUCAACAUCAACUGGCCUUUUGGAGAUGUUCUCUGCAAGCUCUCUGUUGCCUUGUUCUACACCAACAUGUAUGGCAGCAUCUUGUUUCUCACCUGCAUUAGCGUGGAUCGCUUUUUGGCCAUUGUGCACCCUUUUCGCUCAAGGACGCUGAGGACCAAGCGCAACGCAAAGAUAGUAUGUUUUGCUGUGUGGGUGGUGGUGCUCUCAGGGAGUAUCCCCACGGGAUUUCUGCUGGAAACCACCUCGCCUGAGAACAACAGCAGCAAUACCAAGCUAUGCUUCGAGAACUUCUCCUCCAAACAGUGGAAAUCUCACCUGUCUAAGGUGGUGAUCUUCAUAGAGACGGUGGGUUUCGUCAUCCCCCUGCUGCUUAACGUAUGCUGCUCCAUCAUGGUGCUGCACACGCUGCGCCACCCACAAACCAUCAGUCAUGGGGGUAAGCUCAACAAAAAAAAAAUCCUGCGCAUGAUAAUUGUGCACCUCUCCAUUUUCUGCUUUUGCUUCAUUCCCUACAACGUGAACUUGAUUUUCUACACUCUGGUCCGCACAAAAGUCUUGAAAGGUUGCUUUGCGGAGUCGGUGGUCCGAAUGAUCUACCCGAUCGCCCUCUGCAUCGCCGUGUCCAACUGCUGCUUUGACCCCUUUGUGUAUUAUUUCACCUCAGAGACCAUCCAGAACUCAAUCAAGAAGAAGUCACAGCUCAGCCGUUCGUAUGAUGCCAAGUUCUCCGAGGCGCUGCAAUCAGACAGCAGCUCGGACCUGCAGUGUAGCCUGAGGAACCUCAAAGCCAAAGUGUUCCACAUGGAUUCGUCUGUGUGACAGUCCUACACAUAGCGUCAAGCUUAUAAAAUCCAUCUUUCUACUGACAAAUCACCCUCAGGGGACAGUGAAAAUGUAUUAUGUUUGGAAAGCGCUUUAUGACACACUUACUAAAGAAGUAUUUUAGGAUCUCAGGGCAAAUCAGCUGCUUUGCUCUGUUACUGCUGUAUGACCACUUUGUUGAUGUGCAUUUUUGCUGCGUGCUUUCUGUUGUUAUGCCAUCAUUGUAUUCAGUGUAGUGACACUGAUGGUAACCUGGGAUGGAAUGUGAUUUCUGUGCCUCUAUAUGUGUGCAGUGUUUAAUAAGAUUAUGAGAACUGAGUCAUGAGAGUACUUUUUGUAGUUGUUGUUGUUGUGGAGGUGCCAUUUUGGUAUCAGUUCAACUUUUUUCUUCUUCUUCUUUAUUUUUUUUUUUGCCAUUACACACACAGAGUGUAUUUUAGAUGCGGCAGCAAAGUUCUGGACUAUAUAAAACAAAUUUCACCUGCAACAUACUGUGAGUUAAAUGAAAGCAUUGUCAUAUUUUUUGUAACACUUGUAAAUUAAAUGUGUAUAUCUUA